AUGUGCCUGAGGCAUAAAGGUGUCAAUGUAGCUGCCUCGGCAAAGCCUGAUGUCAUCCGUUCGAAUGGCCGACUUAACCUGCUUCGACUUCAAUUGCACCAUGCUCCACGAUCUGAUCUGAGUACUUCAAUUUUCCGGUCUCUUCCUACUCUGUUGCGCAUACUCCCUGCCCUCAAAACACUCGUUGUGCUUGCGACCAUGGCCGCAGCCACCUCGCGAACUGCCGCCCUCCCUCCGGCUGCCCUGCUUGUAUACCCUGCAACACUAUUGCUCGGGUCGCUGUAUUCGAUCAUUUCACCCACAGCGAAUCCUUCGCGAGAUACACAACCCGCCAGUCCCCUGGUCCCUUCUCUUGCCUCGGAUUUGCACCUCACCGAAAGCCCAGUCAACUACUUUGCACGGAAAAACAACAUCUUCAAUGUGUACUUUGUGAAAAUCGGGUGGCUUUGGACUACGGCUGCUUUCGUCUCGCUCCUCAUAUUUCAACCCCUCUACUCCUCAUCUCACCCACAGUCCUUGUCGCAACAAGAAACCCGCUUCCGCCGCACCCUCCAAGCCAUUCUGCGCUACGCACUCGCAACAACAGCAUGGUACCUGUCAACACAGUGGUUCUUCGGACCAGCGGUUAUUGACCGUGGAUUUGUGGCCACGGGCGGAAAGUGCGAGCAUGCGUUUGAGAAAGUCUCGGACAUGAGCACUGGGACCGCCGACCUAGAAGCCCUGUUUACGGCUGCUACAUGCAAGGCUGCCGGUGGAGCCUGGAGAGGCGGCCAUGAUAUCAGUGGACAUGUCCUCAUGUUGGUACUUGCCACGGGACUUUUGGCUUUCGAAGCUGUCGGUGCAAGUGCGCCUGCGUUUCUUUCGCGUUUUGGCCCCACCGGGGACGUGGGGCGCGAGCGCAAGCCAAGUGACGCUGAUAGUACCGCUGUGCUUGAGCCCACUGAAGACGGCGGAUUUGCUAGAACCUGGUCGCUUCGUCUUGUUUGGGGUGUUGUUGGCUUGGGGUGGUGGAUGCUCUUCAUGACUGCCAUUUGGUUCCAUACGUGGUUAGAAAAGUGGUCCGGUCUCUCUAUUGCUUUGAGCACUAUUUGCGCCAUAUAUAUCCUACCUAGACGAUUGGCGUCAUGGAGAAAUAUUGUUGGACAGCCAGGGGUAUAG